AUGGCUUCUGUGUUUCUUGUGUUGGUAACUUUUUUACUUUGUGUGAAUUAUUCACAGCAACUUCAAUCUUCAAACUCUCAAACCCUUUUGAGAAUUCAACAGCUUUUGAACUUUCCUUCUUCCUUAAGAAGUUGGAAAAACUCCACAGAUUUUUGCAACACAGAUUCAAACUCUUCACUCGCUGUUGUAUGCUAUGAAGAUACCAUAACUCAGCUUCAUAUAAUAGGUGAAGGAAAAACUCAAACUCUGUCGAAAAAUUUCUCAGUUGAUUCAUUUGUUACAACACUGGUGAAGCUUCAAGGUUUGAAAGUCCUCACAUUGGUUUCUCUUGGUAUAUGGGGUCCGUUACCGGGUAAACUCGCCCGUCUUUCGUCGUUGGAAAUAGUUAACAUGAGUUCGAAUCAUUUAUACGGUUCGAUCCCUAUCGAACUUUCAUCGCUUUCGAAUCUUCAAACACUCAUUCUUGACGAUAACAUGUUUUCUGGUGUGGUUCCUAUUUGGAUUGACUUGCUUUCGGGCUUAACAGUGUUGAGUUUGAAGAACAAUUUGUUCAACGGAACGUUGCCGAAUUCGGUUAGUAACUUGGAUAAUUUGAGAGUUCUUUCGCUUUCUCGUAAUAAAUUUUACGGUGUAAUACCUGAUUUGAGUCACUUGAGAAAUCUUCAAGUACUUGAAUUGGAUGAUAAUGCUUUUGGACCUCAAUUUCCAAAGCUUGGUCACAAAUUGGUUACUUUAGUGCUGAGAGAUAACAUGUUCAGGUCUGGUAUUCCGGCUGAUGUGAGCUCGUAUUAUCAGCUGAAGCGAUUUGAUAUCUCGUCGAAUACAUUUGUCGGGCCAUUUCAAACAGCAUUGUUGUCACUUCCUUCUAUCGCUUACAUCAACAUCUCUCAGAACAAAUUAACCGGAAUGCUUUUCGAGAACGUUUCUUGCAACUCUGAGCUUGAAGUUGUUGAUUUAUCGUCGAAUCUCUUGACUGGGAGCUUACCGAAAUGUCUAGUUUCAAAUUCUAGUGAUAGGACUGUCUCGUAUGCUAGAAAUUGUCUCGAGACGACGAAUCAAAAUCAGCAGCCACCGCCUUUUUGCCACACUGAAGCCUUAGCUGUGGGAGUAUUACCUGAAAGAAAGAAGCAGAAGCAAGUAUCAAAGGUAGUUCUUACCCUUGGUAUAGUAGGUGGAACUAUUGGAGGAGUAGCAGUUUUUUUGCUGAUUUUAUUUAUUGUUAGAAGAGGAAAUCCUAAAAGGAAAACGAACAAGACUCCUCCAACAAGAUUAAUAUCGGAGAAUGCAGCUUCCGGAUACACCUCUAAGUUGCUUUCUGAUGCAAGAUAUAUAUCUCAAACAAAGAAAUUCGGAGCGCUUGGCCUGCCAAACUAUAAGAGUUUUUCAUUGGAAGAGAUCGAGGCAGCUACAAACAACUUUGACACGGCUUCUUUCAUGGGUGAAGAUUCUUAUGGAGAGAUGUACAAAGGUCAGCUGAAGAAUGGAUCAUCUGUUGUUCUUAGAUGUAUCAAAAUGAAAAAAAGAUACAGCACUCAGAACUUCAUGCAGCACAUGGAACUUAUCUCGAAACUUAGGCAUCGUCAUUUGGUUAGCGCUCUCGGACACUGCUUCGAAUGUUCUUUAGAAGAUUCAAGUGUUAGCAGAAUAUUUCUUGUCUUUGAAUACGUACCAAAUGGCACACUCAGGAGCUGGACAUCUGACGGGCACACUGGAAAGUCACUGAAUUGGACGCAACGCAUAGCAGCAGCAAUUGGAGUAGCAAAGGGAAUCCAAUUUCUGCAUACAGGAAUUGUCCCUGGUGUAUAUUCAAAUAAUCUCAAAAUAGAGGAUGUUUUAUUGGAUCACAAUCUUGUUGCGAAAAUCACAAGUUAUAACUUGCCUUUGUUAUCUAACAUAGGAAAGGUUCGACGUGGAAAUUCUUCCAACGGAUUCAAACAUUCUAGUAUCAAUAAAAGCGGAAAGCAUGAAGAUAAGUGCGAUAUAUAUGACCUUGGAGUAAUACUACUGGAAAUCAUUCUAGGAAGAACAAUAAAGACGACAAAUGAUGCAGAAGCUUUUAAGGAACUGUUGCAAGCAAGCUUAGGAGCAGAUGAGGACGCUCGAAGGAGCAUUGUUGAUCCAGCAAUUCGCAAGGCGUGCUUGGAACAAUCAUUGAAGACAAUGGUGGAGAUAUGUGUGAGGUGUCUUAUUAAAGAACCUGCAGAAAGACCCUCCAUAGAAGAUGUUUUGUGGAAUUUACAGUUUGCUGCUCAAGUACAGGAUGCUUGGAGAGGUGAUUCUCAAAGUAGUGAGGGAUCACCAGGUUCUCCUCAAAGAUCAGCCUUCCGUUAG